GAUUCAGAGACAAGGAAAAGAGCCCUGUAUAGCUAAAACAGUAGUUUUGUUGGAGUGGUUUUUGUGUCUUGAGAUAGAGAGUGUUUUGUAAUUAGUAAAGAAAAUGGAGUUCGCAGUGGGAUGUGUUGGGGAUGAACAUGAUGCUUCGAGCUCUCGCAAGGGCAAGAAAUCAUACCAUCGCCACACAGUUCAGCAGAUACAGCAUCUUGAGGCGUUUUUCAAGGAGUGCCCUCAUCCAGAUGAAAACCAGCGCCGUCAGUUGAGCAGAGAAUUAAGUCUUGAAACCAAACAGAUUAAGUUCUGGUUUCAAAACAAGAGGACUCAAACAAAGGCACAGAACGAGAGAGCAGACAAUACAGUUCUUCGUGCUGAAAACGAAAGGAUUCAGUGCGAGAACCUUGCAAUUAGAGAGGCUCUGAAGAACGUGAUUUGCCCAUCUUGUGGUGGUCCGCCGUUUGGAGAGGAAGAAAGACAACGGAGCCUGCAGAAGCUGCAGCUGGAAAACGCUCAAUUGAAAGAAGAGCACGAGAAGGUGUCGAAUUUGCUAGCAAAAUACAUAGGGAAACCAAUCUCACAAAUAGAGUCAUUAGCAGCAGCACAAGGACUUACAGUGGAUUUGGAUCUAGGAGGAAGUUCACUGAACCAAGGGAUAGGAGGUCCUGGACUUGAUCUGGAUCUCACUUCUGGAGGUGGAUUUGCGAGCAACCGUGCAUUUCCUUACCAUUUUAGAGCGAUUCCUGAUAUGGAAAAAACAUUAAUGGCUGAAACUGCUGCCAGUGCAAUGGAAGAACUGGUCAAGCUUUUGAGGAUUGAUGAUCCUUUAUGGGUGCAAUCUCCGGUUGAUGGACGAUGCACCAUUCACCGUGACAGUUACGAGAAGAUUUUCCCCAGGUCUAAUCACUUCAAAACCUCCAGUGCUCGUAUGGAGUCUUCGAAAGAUUCUGGAAUGGUGAUCAUGAAUGCUAUGCAGUUGGUUGACAUGUUUAUGGAUACUAGCAAGUGGCUAGAUCUGUUUCCUACACUUAUCACAGAUUCAAAGACAAUUCAAGUUCUUGAACCUGGAAUGCUGGGGAACAAGAAUGGUGCCUUGCUGCUGAUGUAUGAACAAAUGCACAUCCUUUCACCUCUUGUGGCUCAAAGAGAAUACUAUAUUCUUCGCCAUUGUCAGCAAAUUGAGCCAGGAGUGUGGGUGAUUGCUAAUGUUUCUUAUGACUGCUCAAUUAAUGAAAGUGUCUCGCCUUUGCGUUCAUGGAAGCUUCCUUCUGGCUGCAUGAUUCAAGAAAUUUCUAAUGGUUGCUCUAAGGUUACUUGGGUUGAACAUGUAGAAGUUGAUGACAAAACCCAAACUCAUAGACUCUAUAGAGAUUUGGUAUGUAGCAGCAUUGCUUAUGGAGCUGAAAGAUGGAUUGUUACCCUCCAAAAAAUGUGUGAGAGGAUUGCUUGCUCCUUAGCAGAAAGUUCACCUCCUUGUGAAUUUGGAGUGAUUACCUUGCCUGAAGGUCGUAAAAGCAUAAUGAAGCUUUCUCAUAGGAUGGUGAAGAACUUCUGUGCAAUCUUAAGCAUGUCAGGGAAAAUGGACUUUCCUCAACUCUCAGAAGUGAACAACAGCGGUGUUCGAGUCUCGGUCAGAAACAAUACUGAACCAGGCCAACCUAUUGGCACCAUAGUUAGCGCUGCUACUUCUCUUUGGCUUCCUCUACCUCCUCAGAAUGUCUUUGAUUUCUUCAAGGAUGGGAAAACCAGAGUUCAGUGGGAUGUUCUCUCUAAUGGAAAUCCAGUGCAUGAGAUUGCACACAUCUCAAUUGGAACUCAUCCAGGGAACUGCAUCACCAUUAUAAGGCCAUUCAUUCCCACAGAGAACAACAUCCUGAUGCUUCAAGAAAGCUGCAUUGACUCUCUAGGAUCUAUGGUGAUAUAUGCACCGAUUGACAUACCAGCUCUUAAUGUAGCAAUCAGUGGGGAGGACUCUUCAACCAUUCCCAUUCUGCCAUCUGGCUUCAUCGUCUCCAACGAUGGCCGUACCACCGAUCAUGACGCUGCAAUCACUGGAUCAUCAGCUUCAACCAGCUCCAACACUAAUGGCAGGUCAGGAGGUUCACUGCUCACUGUGGCUUUCCAGAUCCUGGUUUCGAGCCCUUCCUCUUCUAAGCAGCUUAACAUGGAGUCUGUGGCAACCGUGAACACUCUGAUCAGUUCCACAGUCCAGAAGAUCAAAGUUGCUCUGAACUGCUCUACCCUGGAUUAAGGAGUUAAUUUGUUGGUGUCACUGUAAUAAUUAAAGUAAGGAAUUAAGAGGUUCUUUGGUAGACCUUAUGAAAACUAAACUGUCAUGUUUAAUUGUGAGUUUGACCUAUAUAUUUAUAUAUAUGUGGCUAUAUAUUUCUUUUG